UGAUCCGAUCGAACGGUACCACACGCCUUCGUUCACACGUAUUUGCCAAAACCGUAUUCAUAUUAGAUUUUCGACGCGAGCGCUCCAAUGCCAGCCGGCUGUAUCGAGACCGUCGCCGAUACACUCGAUACUUUAUUCGCGUCUAUUCGAGUUCACCGCGCGCCUCGACACGGAAGCGUGUCAAAUAAAUAUAGGUUGAAAUAUAGCUCCUGUCGCGCCCUGCGAUCCUGGUACAUACGCGUUGUUUGAAGCAUGAAUUUUUGUUUACUUUCCGUGAUUUUUGUUUUUUUUUCCGGAUGGACGACGGCCAUGCUGUACCGGAGGGUCUCCGACAAUGUUUUGAAACCGGAUUUGCUGGCCGUGUCUUCGACGGUGCUGCCGCUGCCAUACUACUCCGUCUUCGGCUACGAGAAGAAAUUACUACAAGGAAAAAAUAAAAAACGACCCCCGGGGAAAAUCUCGCUAGUCACUAGAACACCUAAAUAAAGAAAAAAAAGUAAUCGAG